ACCCCAGGCGUUCUAUGUUGCGCGAAUACACACAUAAAACCCACUGGAUUGUUUAAAACUUCGACCUGAUUGAAAUUCGGCUUGUUUCACGCGUGGUACACCUCCAGUGCGACAGGACAGGCGCACUUCGACCUCUCCCCGCGAGCGAAGCUGCGACGCCGAAAUGGACCUUAAUGCCGUAAGAAUAAGCGUGGUUUGUAAUUAAUUGCGUAUGUCAGCGCAAAUGGUAGAUUUUAUACGAGAUAACAAUGGAAUGCCAUAAACAUUGAGUAUAAUGUAACUAUGAAAGAGAUUUUAUGCUUCGGGACAGGAAAAAAUGAUGGCGACGUUUGGAAAAUUAUUUCAUUAUUACUGGUUCUACCCUCCUUUCUGCGAGCUCAAAAUACCCUGGGGUGCCCGGACCUAAUAAAGAGCAAUAAAUGUUCGUGUUAUACUUCGGAAGAAGGGCUAUUUUUAGAUUGCCAAGAUACUGCCUCGAAAAAUGUUAAAAAUGCUCUCAAGAGUAUUUCGUAUAUCCAUUCAUUAUCCAUAUUCGACCUUGAUGACAACGAAGAAAACUUGGGACCCCAUUUUAUACCUCAAGGCGUUUGUAUAAAACACGUACAUAUAUCAAGAACCAGUAUAAGAGAUAUUGCAGAUGACACAUUCAUGCCAUUGAGAAAGUGCCUUGAAACAUUGGGAAUUGUGUCGAGCAAAAUAAAAUUUAUACCACAAAAAUCGUUCUCUGGCAUGCUCAAAUUGAUGUCAAUAGACCUUACUUCUAAUCACAUCGAGGAUAUACCCAGUUACAGCUUUUAUGGUCUUCCGCUAAUGAAACUGAACAUAAAAGGGAACGUGAUACGUGAUAUAUCGGAAUCAGCUUUUUCUAGUUUAGAGCUUUCCCUCUCAGAAAUUGAUUUGAGCGAAAACAAUCUUACAGCCUUUCCUAUUACUGCUUUGUCAAAAUUACGACAUCUUCGGACUUUGAGAUUGGCUUGGAACGAGAUGUCUUCUUUUCCUAGUGUCGACAAGUCAGACUUAAUUGCCCUAGAAUACCUUGACCUCAAUUCUAAUAAUUUUGAAUUUAUUUCAGAAGACUGCCUUAAAUUUUGUCCGUCCCUUAUUAGAUUAUCAUUUCAUUUUAACUUUAUUCAUAAUAUACAUUAUAGAGCUUUUUAUUCGCUAGUCGACCUUAAAAGUAUAGAUUUAAGUCACAACAGAAUUAAAAUACUAAACCCGAAUCUAUUUCAAAAUAAUAGGAAGAUAGAGUUUAUUGAUUUGAGCCAUAAUCACUUGCAUCAUAUACAUGGACUAUUUUCUAAUUUGCCUUUUGUAAGCGAGGUUUAUCUCAGCCAUAAUAAUAUUUUGGAUGUGCCAAUAGAUUCGUUCUUCAAUUCAAAUAAAAUUAGUUUAAUACAUUUAGACAAAAAUUGCAUUAGUAAUAUACAUAGUGAAAGCUUUAGUAAUUUGUUUAAUCUAACUAAAUUAAGAUUAGAUUUUAAUUAUCUUCAUCAAGUGCCACAUAAUAUUUUUAUAAACAAUAGAAAUAUAGUAAAGGUAAGAGUAGACAAUAACAAUUUUAUUGAUUUGAAUAAUACCUUAGAAUCGCUCGUGAAUAUUCGUGAGAUUAGAUUAAAUAAUAAUAAGCUUAGACUUAUCUCUAAAUAUCAUUUCACAAAUUCACUUAAACUAGAAGAAAUUUAUUUAAAUAAUAAUGAAAUCACCUUUAUUGAAGCAGGGACAUUUAUCAAAAUGGCAAAUUUAAAGUAUUUAAAUUUACAGCACAACCACUUGGUAGAUUUUAAUGAUGUGUUACCAAAAAUAAGAUCCAAUUUAGUAAUACUGUAUUUAGAUCAUAACAAUUUAUCAUUACUAAGCGCAUUUAUGUUUCUAUCACAAGAAAAAAUAAAUCACCUUAGCCUUAAAAAUAACAAUUUGAAAUUUUUGACAAGAAGCACUUUUCGUAAUUUGAGUCAUAUAGUACGGCUAGAAUUAAAUAAUAACGAAUUUUCAAUUAUAGACGAUUUUUCUUUCCAGCAUUUAAAUUCGGUGAGAUAUUUAAAUCUGCAGAGUAAUUUAUUACGUAAUAUUACAAAUUAUACGUUUUUUGGUUUAAGUGAACUUGAAGAUUUAGACAUUUCAUUUAAUAAAAUAUACUAUGUUUUUGAUAUGGCAUUUGACACACUCAAAAAAUUGCGAAGCUUAAAUUUAUCUUUUAAUCCCCUUCAAGUACUUCAAAAAAAUAUCUUCCAACAGGGCUUACCACUAAGUUCACUUUAUUUGGACAAUUGUGAAAUUCAAUUAAUAGAAAACGAUACAUUUCAAGGUCUUAAUAAUCUUAAAAUACUUUCACUAAAAAAUAAUUCAUUGAAAGCAAGUGAUUUAAUUUCCAUCAAUAUUCCGGGUUUAAAACAUUUAUAUUUAUCAUUUAACAUCUUAGACUAUUUGCCAAUGAAAUCAUUCUACCAACUUCCCCUAUUGGAAUAUCUGUAUAUGGAACACUGUAACAUAGAACACAUUAUUGAGGGCACAUUUAAAAAUAAUAAAAAUCUUUUGAGACUGAACAUUGCACAGAAUAUAAUUAGUUCAAUACCAUUGAAAUUAUUUGACACUCAUAGUUCUAUUUCUGAAUUCAAUAUAAGUAACAACUUUUUAGAUUACGUGCCAUACAAUACUCUUCACAAUUUUACUCAAAUCGAAAUAUUAGAUAUUGCUGACAAUCUUUUACCAAGAAUUGAGCUUAGUGGUCUUGAACCGUUAACUAAAUUGAAAUAUCUGAUACUACGGAAAAAUGAAAUAAAAUCUAUAACAGCUAAGAAAAAGGUAGAAUUUAAUGAUUUAAUAGUUUUCGAUAUAAGUUUUAAUAGACUUGACAAUUUACCUAUAGUUAUAUUUGAAAUCUUUCCCAAUAUACAAAAUUUAAACAUUUCUUUCAAUGACAUUAUAAAUUUUGACUUUUUGAUGACGUACAAAAAGAGUAGAAUAUCUUUGAUAAAUAUUGACAUUAGUAAGAAUCCUGCAGUGUCUUGGACUUCAAAUCACAAAGCCGACAAUAAUACGCUUGUAGCAAACUUAUACGAAUUACACAUUUGUGCCACUAACAUUACCAAUGUUGAUGAUAUCACUUUUGAAUUUUUCACUAGCUUGCAACACCUCUAUUUAAAAUUCAAUAAAAUAAGACGUUUAUCUAUCAGCCCCUUUUUAAAAUUGAACUUUUUGGAAAAUUUAGACUUAAGUUAUAACAGAAUAUCCCAACUGAAAGCAAGUAAUUUUCGUGGGUUAACGAAAUUAAGAACAUUAUGUCUAUCAUAUAACAAUAUCGAGUCAAUGGAAUCUUUUACUGAAGACUUGGGAAACUUAAAACUUUUAGAUCUUUCACACAACAAGCUACAGAACAUUCUUAAUGAAGAUUUAAUAAACUUGAAGGAACUGUCAGUACUGCAUCUGAGUUACAACAAUAUUAAAUAUAUAUCGGUCACUGCAUUAAGAAAUUUGAACAAGGUUAUAAAAAUAGAUUUGGACCACAACAAACUUCAGUCAAUACCUAUAGAAUUACUCAGUUCUGUAGAGAAUCAUAUUCAAGAUAUAUCAAUUAAAGAUAAUAUUUUAACAUGCAACUGCCAAAAAGACAAUACGUGGAUUUGGAUUCAGGAUCAUCCAAAGAUAAUCAAGUCAAAUACAGUAACUUGUCUUAAUAAUGAUUACCCGCAAGAAAAAUGCGAUGUUCCCAUUAUUUCACAGUUAUCAGUUGACAAACACAAAGAUAACUCAGUAUCUGUUUCAUGGUUCAUUAGAAAUAGAACUGCAAUUAAAGCUCUACAAGUAUUAUAUUACGGUGAAGAUGUUAACUCUGAGGUAAAAUCAAAAUAUUUGGAUAUGAGCGAAGUAUCAACUAGACUUACGGAUUUAAAUGCAAAUACAAAUUAUGUCGUCUGCAUUAUUACUUUAUAUGAUGAUCCCAUUAUUACCGUUAAAGAUUUUGAAUACAACAAGACAGCAGACGUAGAGCUAAAUAUGACAGCAAGAAUAACACAAAACAUCGCAGCAGCCAUUUUAAUGCAGUCACCUUCUAGUGAAUGUACUUCUUUCAACACGAUAAGGGAUAAAACUGUACAUAAAUCAAAGCCAAUAAAACCAUUUGAUAUAUCUCAAAUAUUAAAUCGCCGAAUGGGGUUAAUAGUUGGUUGUUCUCUUGGAUUUGUGGUGUUUUUCGUCAUGGUAACAGUGUUGCUUUAUACAAAAAUAAAGGAACGUAAACGUAUAGCCAAAUCUGAUCCUACGUGGUCAGAAAUGAAUGAUUAUCAUUCAAUGCAAAGUAAAGAGGAUAUCCUACAACAUUCCACAUCGGCUUCUACUGAUAAUAUAUUAUUAGGUAUGACCAAAAAUCGUAAACAUUCAUUAGACCAUUUAAAGUAGGUAAUGUAGUAUUGUUAUAUAUAUUUUUAUUUAAAAUUUAGAUAGGCCUAAAAUAUAUUGUGUCUUAGAAACUAGAAUAGUAUUUAUGUGAAAAAAAUCUAAAAUUCUAAAUAACUUUAUUAGCCAUGUUAAAUGUUAAAUUACAUAUAGGUAGUACCAAAUUGUUAUAGAUGCUUAUUUAGAAUAGGAACUAGUCUAUUACUAGUUCUGAGCUAGU